UGAAUGAAGCUUGUGGCAAUUACUACUUACAGGGCAUCCCGAAGUUGAUGGUGCUUCAUUAACCAUUGUUUAACCUUUUUUACGCUCCCUCUUGCACAACAAUGGGGACUUAGGACACGAGUCAGUCAGGGUGGGGCCGUACCGAGGCCAUAUUUCAGGUGUGUCAGGGCAGGUUUAGCUGCUUGGCAGAAGCCCCAGUGAGAUCGGUAUCUCAUGGGGGUAAGUCAAGGCUCUGGAGACCUCGGAGUACCUCAAGCCCAGGGCUGCUUAAACUUGGAGGAGUGUCAUGAUUCUGGAUGCAAGUCACAGAUCUGAUGGCCCCGAUCCAUGAGGUGAGAGAAACCUCAGACGACCUUUGGCCCGAUCUCUGAAACCAAUAUGACACUGAAAUCCCUGCCGAAGAAGAUGAUGUUGAAACCCCUGCCAAAAAAGACCAGCGGGGAGUUAUCUGGCAUCCUCCUAGACAGGAAUAAGUGCAAAGCAGCAAAGAACCUGACCAAGGACCAGCUAGAAGCUUUCCACCAGGCCUACAGUUUCUUCAGUAAGGACGCAGAUGGCAAUAUUGACCUACAAGGCUUGGAGAUGACUGCAGAGAAGCUGGGGAUUAGUUUAACCGAACAAGAGGCCUACGACGAGCUGUCAUAUGCCGAUAUGGACGGAGAUGGGAAGGUGAACUUCUCUGAUUUUCUGACCAUUGUCAGCGACAACAAGCGCUUCAUCCAGGCUGUAGCCCCCGAGAAAGGCUGCCUGGAGGACUUUGAUUCCAUCGACGCCACGGGAAUCCUGCUCUUUGAGGUCCUGUCAAAGCUGGUGGAAAUGUCGGCUCUGCCAAGGAAGGCCAUGCUUGAAAUAGUCAGUUACUACCGGCAGAAGUUCCUGGCGUCCACGGGCAGGAGGGCCUGGAUAAAUGCUGGCGGCUCAAUGGAGCACGGGAAGGGGCUCCACGCACUCAGAAAAUCCCCAGCUCCUCAGCGAGGCAGAAUCACUCCUAUGUCUGCCUUUGCAGGCGCUGCCCGCAUCUCAGUGAUGAACGACAAGGAGCUGGAAGCCUUUGUGGAAACCCUCAGGGCAAGCAGUGUCCCCUCCGACAGUCCUUAUGCUCAGGUACCCAUCUUCCCAUGGCUUCCCAACCGGGAUGGAAUGUCAAUACCGAAGCCGAAAAAAGACUUACAGAAGCUGGAGAUGCAGAGAAGGAAAGAACCUAUAUCGUCCUUUGAAAACCAUUUUUUCCAUAAAAGAAACUGGCUGCGCGAGGCAACUGCAUUCAAACCUCCCAAUUACUUCAGAGACAAGAAAAACUCCCUUAGUCUCGGCCCUCACUUGAUGGAGAGGCGGCACCGUUUGACUAUAGAAGACCUGCGUGAGAUACGACUAGAUGUGAAGAGAGUAACUGAAAUGUACAAGCAGGGGAUGGCACUCAAGGAGAGGAACAGGAUGCUGAGACUGUGGCGGAGGUUGCACGGUGGCCAGAUCGGGCUGGAGUCAGGGAACCACAGCUUCUACCACACUUUCUCCACCUACUCCUGGUCAUGGAACGCUCGCCAAGAGCUGGUGACACCCAACGAACUUCAGCAGUACGAUAACAAACUGUACCGCAGAGAACAUUCCUCAGCCCGCUCCGAUGACAGCGAAGUCAAGGGUGGGAUAAGGAAAGGAAAAGAGAGGAAAUGAGAAGAGCCAUGCUGCUCCAUUUUCUUAACAUCACUGUUGACUACUGUCCUCCUUCCUAUCCCGUUAUUUUUCCCUAUAACAGUCUCAGGCUCUUACACAGGUCACACUGUCCGAGGGUAGGAAAGCACUGUUUCCCCUGGUUAAUACAAUGAGAAUUAAAAGAGCAACAUGUUUUUCU